AUGGCAGACCCAUUCUCAAUCGUCGGCUCGGCAGCUGCCAUCCUCCAAUUCUCCGAGUUUGCUGGCAAAGUUAUAUAUACAGCCUGCGAUCUCUACAGCUCCGUCUCCGGCCAUACAAGGACUAAUGAAGGAACCGAGAAAGUCACCCUCACGCUCCAGGAUCUACUUUGUAGCCUCCAAACUCAGCAUGGCUCAGGUCAUCCCGCUGGCCAGGAUGUAGCCUUCGCCGAGCUUAUUAAUCGCUGCCGAUUUCUGGGGAAUAAGCUACUACUAAUCUUGAAGAAGAUACGAACAAGGAAGGGCCAUUCUCUCCGGGAGAGCUUGAAAUCUGGCAUGAUGACUGUUUGGAAGAAGAGUGAAAUGGAUGACUUGAGGAGAGAGCUCGAGUCAUGUUCGAAUCAGCUUGGACUACAUCUGGUAGCCAUUUUCAGAUCUGAAGCGGGGCAGAAGUUAGAGGAGCUCCUAGCCGCAAACUCGUCACAAAAGCUGGAGCUUGCUUUGCUUCGUCAGGCACUGGUAAAGAUUGAGCUUGACCAGAAGCUAGCUGUUGAAUCACUGGUAUUUCUGCGAGAAGUUUUCAGUCCUUCGGAUCCAGUUUUGAAGCGCAUGAAUCAGGAACGAAUCUUGAAAAGCCUGGCUUUCCAAGGCAUGGGGCGCCGCUAUGAGGAGGUCUCGUCAAGUACUACCGGCACGUUCAACUGGAUUCUUCAAGAUCUGAAAAUACCAGAGUCGCAUCCCGACCUGAAGAUCUGUUUCAAGGAGUGGCUUAUCAAAGGCACAGGGGUUUAUCAUAUUGCUGGCAAACCGGGUGCUGGAAAGUCGACACUUAUGAAGUUCAUUGUUGAACACGAAAAUACCCGAAAGUACCUUCAAGAAUGGGCCAAUGGUCGAGCAUUAAUCACUGCCAGCGUCUUUUUCUGGAAGCCCGGCACGCGUCUUCAGAAGAGCCUCGAAGGCCUCAUUCGGUCGUUGGUACAUGCAAUCCUCAGGGCAGUGCCUGACAUGAUGCCAACGGUAUUUCCUCAAUAUUGGAACCCACGCGGAGAAUUAUUUUGGGAUUCUCACACAUCCACUGACAUUGAAAUAUCUCUUCGCAAGGUUUUGGAAGCAUUUGAGACACUUGUUAGUGAUGUGGCUAUCAUGAAGGACCAAUGCUUCUGUUUCUUCAUCGAUGGCUUGGACGAGUUCGAAGACCCUGACAAUCAUCAUACGAAUUUAGUUAAGCGGUUACUUUCUUGGACUUCUGGCAAUCCCGCGAACAUUAAGAUCUGCGUAUCGAGUAGGGAAGAGAACUCUUUCGUGAACAACUUGCCCUUAGAUCAACGGCUAAGACUUCAUCUUUUCACCAAAAGUGACAUGAAGAUGUUUGUCGAUAAUACACUAAGUCAAUACGACAACUUCCGCGCAAAUGACCCCGAAGACUGUGCAAGAUUUGUUGAGGCAGUUGCCACCAAAGCAGAAGGAGUAUUUCUAUGGACCAAGUUGGUCCUACGCAGGCUUGGAGAUGAUCUGGAAAUUAGUGGGUCACUGAAAGCCACUCACAGAACCCUCCGACACAUCCCAGAAGAAUUAGAGAGACUAUUCUUGGAGUUACUCACUUCAAUUGACCAAAGCGACCAGAAGGAAGCGUGGACAGUCUUAGCGGCUGUCAUGGCCACCACCCACGACCGCAAGGAUCCCAAUUUGUCUCUUUUAGACUACUAUUUUGUGAAAGACUACCUUGAAGAUGACAAGUUUGCAGAGGCUCUGCCAAUCCUGCCUCUGCAGAAGUCUGAGAUCAUUAGCCGGCAAAAGCACACUGCACUACAUCUCAAUCGACUCCUGAAAGGCAUCCUAGAGGUUGACGACAAAUACAAACCGCCUUGGCAGCGUUGGGGAGAUAUCAGUUUGGUCCAAAACUAUGGUAUGACGAUAAAUGAGAGUAGUUUAUUUUCCUUCCAAGGAUCAGUACAGCUCACGCAUCGAUCAAUCUACGAGUUCUUGAAAACAGACUGCCCCAAGGAGACUGAGACAUACAUCGCCAACCUUGAUGUCUACUCGCUUCUUUUGCAGUGCAUCACUGCACACGCGAAGUCGAUCAAAGUUGACUUAUUUGCAUUGAACAUGAUAACAAGCUUUAUCAUCAAACCCUAUUUGAAGUGGCUUCAGCAUCCAAGUCUUGACAAGCAUAUCGAGCAAUUGGCUAUCUUCGAUGAUCUUCUGAUGAGACUGCAAUAUCACGGUGACAUCGCUGGAGGAGAGUGUCAACAACAUAAUUGUGAAAUCGCGGGAGGAGAGUGUCAACAACAUGAUUUUGAAAUCGUGGGAGGAGAGUGUCAACAACGUAAUUAUGUGAAUUUAUGGCUGUCAAUCGAUGGAAUCAACAAAAGAGUCACGACAUUCGCAUCUGUACUAGCAUAUUCGUUUACCAUGGGAGUUUCAAACUAUGUGGCAUGGCUACGAAAGCACCGGGAACCGUUCUUAACUCUGGACCAAAAUCGGGCUGAGCUUUGCAAUCAUCUAUUCAUUAAUAUAGAUAUCGAUUGUGAGGCAUCCAGCAAAUUUGUCCAGUCACUUGUGAAUGAUGGAAUCAUCACUAGGGAGCUACUUGCACUGCAAAGCGAUAAUGGACCCCUUGGUUGGGAAACCCCUUGGCAGGUCUUCGUUACCCGACUAUGCUUUUGUCUUAUUGAGGCGUGCCGCGUCAGUCAAGACCUUUGGGUGAUAGUCUUAGAAGCUUUCUUAUUGAUACAGGUCGACACCGCUAUAAUCACAAUAGAUGUCUCCAAAGAUCCAAAUCCAACCGCAGAUCGCUUGAUAGUUACAGUAAGAAAUACACUUACUUUGAAAGAGUCUUGGAGCGACUAUGCCUUCAAAGAUGUCCACAACAGUCUUAAGCCAAUUAUGUCCCUUCGCGAGGUCAUCGAGUGGCGGAACCCAAGCAACUGCGUGGAUCUUCUCAGACUCAUAGAUUGGAAUCUGGCUCUACAAGACACGAAACCCUUGCCCGGAGGAUGGAUCGACUAG